AUGACAAUAAUAGAAAAAGGGCCUUCAAAGGUUCAAAGUCCAUCUUCGAAUGAAUCCCGAUCGGGAUUCAUUAAAUCAGAAUUGAGAAGGGAGUUAAGAUCUCCAGACAUGAAGGAAAAAUCCAGCAGAAGAGAUGGUGAUCUCAUUAGUACGGCUACUAGUGCUUUAAGGCGGUUACAUUUUAGAAGUGCUGGAGGAAGCAGGCCUAAAAGAGUGUUUAUUUAUUGUAUCAAUCGUUUUCAUCAUAGAGUAUAUAAACAAAAAAAGGAAUUGAAAAUUAUUCGGGUGCAAAAUAUUUUGUAA